CAGGUGUAAGGAGCUUCGGAAAUUGGGAGUAAUGGUGUAAGGAGCUUUGGGAACUGGGAGUAAUGGUAUAAGGGACGUCGGAAAUUGGGAUUAAAGGUGUAAGGAGGCUUAGAAACCGGGAGUAAUGGUGUAAGGGACGUCGGAAAUUGGGAGUAAUGGUUUAAGGAGCUUUGGGAACUGGGAGUGACGGCGUAAGGAGUGUCGGAAACUGGGAGUGACGGCGGGAAGCGGGAGUUGAGGCGCGAGGAGCGGGCGGGCGCCAUGGAGGAGAAGCACCGCCGUAUCCUGAGGAGAUUGCGCCUGGAGCUGGCCGAGCAGCUCAGGGUCGAGCUGGUGGUUCAGUUCCUGUACCAGGAGCGGGUACUGAGCCAGAGUUUCCUGGAGGAGAUCCAGGCGGAGCCGGUCAGUAUCCGCCGCGGCCUCAUGCUCCUGGACCAUCUCCCGAGCCGCGGGCCUCGGGCCUUCGCCGCCUUCUCGCUCUCUCUCCGGGAGGAGUCUCCGUGGCUCCACCGGCGGCUGCAGGAGGAAGAGCGGGCGGAGGAGGAGAGGGAGGCCGGAGAGGAAGAUGAAUCACGACCACCUCUUUCAGACCACAUCUUGAACAGCGUACCUACCGAUAAGCAGUUAAACCAGCUUUCCAGCCACCUGGGACCAGAAUGGGAGCAAGUGAUGGUGGACCUUGGACUAAAAGAGCCAGAUCUUUAUCGAUGUAAAAUGAACCACCUACAUAACCUCCAAGCGCAGAUCUUGGCUGCCUUUAUCCUGUGGAAAAAGCGUUUCGGGAAACUAGCGACUGUGCAGCAUUUGACCAACAGUCUGAUUUUAGCUGACACAGACCCUGGAUUAAUCGUUAAAAUAUUUCAAGGUGACUGUUGACCAUCUAAACAUUCAAAAUCACAUGGCGCCUUGUGCAGUUGGUGUCCAAUCUGAAUUAUAGAGACACCGCGAGGAGACAAUUCCUCUUUCUACCUCUCAAAUGGAGAGAGGAGAGAUAUUAUUUUCAGCGAGAAAUAAUUCAGAAUCUAGGGACAAGGUACAAUUUUUCUACAGUAUAGCCUGAUGUUUUUUCUUUCCUCUCUUUAACUAUCAUUUAAAACUUGUGAAAUAGGGAUAAACAAAAAUGGCAAUUUUUCAAAGAAUUGCAUCUCUUUCCUUGAUGUGUUAUUAGGGCUUUGAGCCUCUUAGCAAGAUUAACUGGCCAGACAUUAUUAAGCUAGAGAGCGUUCAGAAGAGAUUUACCAGGAUUUGCUGGGUAUGAAAGGUUUUUAUACAGAGGCUGGUUUAUGUGUGGAAUGAAGUUCCUGAGAAAGUGUUGGAUGUGGAAAAAGUUAGUGUUUAAAGCAUGUUAAUAAAUACGUGAAUAGGAAUAGUUUGGAGGAAUGUGGACCAGGAGUGGGCAGAUGGGACCAGUUUAGUUUGGAUUUAUGCUUGGCAUGGACUGGCUGGACUGAAGGGUCUGUUUCAGUGCUGUGAGAUUGUCUGGUACGUUUAAGAAUGGGUAUACUUGCAUUGGAGGGAGCUAUGGUGAGGUGGUUCUCCUCUGAUGAGAAAUAGUGGGUAAGUGGGUAACUUAGGUCUAUAUUCUCUGGAGUUAAGAAAGAUGAGAGAUGAUCUUAUUGAAGUAUACAAAAUUUUGAAAGGGUUUGAUGGAAUGGAUAUUCGGAAGUUAUAUCCUCCUGGCUGGGGAAUCUGGAACAUGGGAGCAGCCUCGGGAUAAGGGAAAAUGAUCAUUUAGAACCACGAUGAGAAGAAAUCUCUUCACUCAGAAGGUUGUGAACCUUUGGAGUUCUGACCUCAGAGCAUCCACAAUCCACUAUCAGUUGAGUAUAUUCAAAGCUGAGAUUCUAGAUUUAUGUUGUCUCAGGGAAUCAACACCUAUAGGAUGUAAGAAAGGGUUGAGUUAGAAGGUCAGCUGUGAUCUUAUUGAAUGGCAGAGCAAAUGGGCAGAAGUGGGUACUGCAGAUGCUGGAGAAUAGAGUCAAGAUUAGAGUGGUGCUGGAAAAGCACAGCAGGUCAGGCAGCAUCCGAAGAGCAAGAAAAUCGACGUUUCAGACAAAAGCCCUUUAUCAGGAGCAAAUGGCAGAGCAAAUAGUCUACUUCUGUUUGUCAUGUUCAAGUAAGAUCAGAUUAAAGGAGAGGCUUGUUGGGGGAAUAACUGCUCCAGUGAGUUUGGCCAAAUGACCAGUUUCGGUGCUGGCAAUUCUAUGUUUCCAUUUGAAAGUAUAUUCUGUUGAGUUAAUCAAAAUGUAAAACAUUUUAAAAAUAUAAUUGUUUUUAAUGUUUCCAGGACUGAGGGGUGAGAUGAUGUUUUAUCUUUGGCAGGCACUUCCCUUGUAAAAUAAAGACAGAAUCUUUCAAUCUGGCUCUUAUCAUAUACUAGUUUGGCAAUAUAUAAUAGUGCUGGAUUAGUGGUGCUGGAAAAGCACAGCAGUUCAGGCAGCAUCUGAGGAACAGUAAAAUCGGUGUUUCAGGCAAAAGCCCUUCAUCAGGAAUACAGGCAGAGUGCCCGAAGGGUGGAGAGAUAAAUGAGAGGAGGGAAUCUGGUUUCCAGCAUCUUCAGUCAUUGUUUUUACCUAAUAUAUAAUAGUGCGCAUUGUCAAUAGGUCAUGCACCACAGACAUAUGUUUUGGAAAACCUGGGCUUAGCUAUGACUUGACUCAGCUCUAACUUAAAACAGUUUUGCUCUCUUUAAUCUCUGUGGUUGUUCAGUGAAAGGCCAUUAGGCCUAUUCCUCAGAUAAAAGGUUGGCCUUUUGAGGAAGGAUUGAGCAGAUUGGAUCUAUACUCAUUGGAGUUCAAAAGAAUGAAAGGUGAUCUUUGAUUGAUUUAUUGUCACAUGUACUGAGGUACGGUGAAAAGCUUUGUUUACAAGCAGUACAAGCAGAUCAUAGUAAGCAAGAAUGUACAGAUCAAAAAGACUUAGACUGAAGCAUACAGCUUACAUUGCACAGAGUGUAAGCUAGGUAAUAAUGGCACUAGUUGAGGAUAGAGAGUCCAUUCAUCAGUCUAAUAAUGCUGGGAAGAAGCUGUUCCUGAACUGCUGCUGCAUGUGAUCAGGCUUCUGUAUAUUCUGCCUGAUAGAAGAGGUUACUAGGGUGAGAUGGGUCUUUGAUGAUGAUGUCAGCCUCUCUGUGGCAGCAAGCUGUGUAAAUGGAGUCCAUGGAUGGAAGGUUGGCUUCUGUGAUGUUCUGGGCUGUGCACACCACCUUCUGUAGUUUUUUACAGUCCUGGGCAGAGCAGGUCCCAUACUAGGCCAAUAUGCACCUGGACAGUAUACUCUUGAUAGUGCAUCUAUAGAAGUUGGUGAGGAUCCUUAUGGUCAUGCCAAAUUUCCUGAGUCAUCUGAUGAAAAAGAGACAUUUGCACCUUCUUGACCAUCACAUUUAUGUGGGAAGUCCAGGAAAGAUUGUCAGUCCGAGGAACUUGACGCUUUCCACGCUUUCAGCCUCAGUUCUGUUAAUAUAGAUGGGGGCAUGUUCUUUUUUUUUCUUAAGGCAAUGAUCAGUUCUUUAGUUUUGUUGAAGUUGAGAGGUGGUUGUCAUUGCACGCAUCACUAAGCCCUUUAUCUCCCUUCUGUAUUUUGACUCCUAAUUGUUAGAUGGCCAUUCCACUACGGUGGUGUUGUCAGCGAACUUGUAGAUGGUUUUCGUUUGGUAUGUGGCAGCAAUAGUGGGUGUACAGGGAGCACAAUAGAGGGCUGAAGGCACAUCCUUGGAGGAGGUGCAGUUGUUUAUCUUUACUGCUUCUGGUGUCUUGAGCAGAAAACUGAGAAUCCAGUUGCAGAAGAGACCAAGGUCACAGAGUUUUGAGUUUAUCUGGAGGGGGUAAUGGUAUUGAAGGCAGAGCUGUAGUCAAUGAGCAGGAGUCUGACAUAAACAGCAACUAAAACAAGAAAGUUAUGGGUGUUUUAGUUGCUGUCUAAAAGGACAGUGUGAUUCACACUGGGUUGUAGCAAGAGUGUUUCAGAAACAACAGUGGAGGACCCUAACAUUUGGGCUUCCUUCAACGUAAAGCCAUAACCUCCAACUGCCUGGAAGGUGUAGGAAUAAACCAGUCAGUUGGCCUCCAGCAAAGAAGUCGAGCUGCUAGCUGAAACCACGUGCUUUCCAAGAAAUUCCUUGUUUCAUGAAGUUCAGAAAAUGUAGAGACUGGUACAAUUGCAGCAUUUUAAAAGGUAUAGGGUUCAGAAAAGGUUUACAGCGAUUGGAGGAUUUGAGCUGUAGGGAGAGGCUGAGUAGGCUGGGGCUGUUUUCCCUGGAGCGUUGGAGGCUGAGGGGUGACCUUUAGAGGUUUACAAAAUCAUGAGGGCAUGGAUAGGGUAAAUAACCAAAGCCUUUUCCCCAGGGUAGGGGUGUCUAGAACUAUAAGGCAUAGGCUUAGGGUGAGAGGGGAAAAUUGAAAAGGGACCAAAGGGGCAAUCAAAAGGGACCAGAUUGGUUAGGAUAUCUGACUGGCAUGGAUGUGUUGGACUAAAGAGUCUAGUUCCAUGCUGUAUAUCUCUAUGACUAAGUUGUCCUAUUGUCCAGAUGUUCCAGGGAUGAGUGCAGGGCGAGGGAUAUAGCAUCUGCUUUGGACCUAUUACAUUGUUAGGCAAAUGUUGGGGAUUGAAACAUAUUGAAAUGUACUUUGUGGGUUUUUUUUAGGGUGGAUGCUGAAGGGAUACUUCUCCUAAUGGAGGAAUCUAGAACAAGGUGACACUGGUUCAAAAUAAGAGAUCUCCCACUGGGACUAGGGACUAGGAAAAAAUUCUUGAGGGGGUUGUUACUUUUCGGAACUCUCUUCCCCAGAAAUCAUUGGUGGCCAUGCCAUCAAAGUUUCCAUUAGACAUGUUUUUGGUUAAAUGUUGAGACUCAAGACUUAUGGUAGACCAGCAGGAAAGUGGUUCUAAGGCCACAAUCAAAUCAGUCAUAACAUUACUAAAUGACAAAUCAUGUUUAAAGGACCAAAUGGCCUGUGCCUGCUCCUAUUUUCUGUGAUGCAUUGGGGGCUGAAGAAUGAUGGCUUUUCAGAACCUCGUGUUUUACCCCGUACCCAUUCACUUGAUCAAUCAAGGGAUAUUUCUCAAAGGUUCUUUUCAUUACCCUCCCUCCUCCAUUGGAUAACAGUAACGGGAUCAGACAGGUUCAGCAUAGAUUUACAAAAGGAAAAUCAUGCUCGACUAGUAGAGUUGAUGUGGGAGAGUCAAUGGAUAUGGUUUGCUUAAACUAGUGAGAAGGCCUUCAUAAAGGAUUAGCAUUUAACUAAAAGUGCAUGGGAUUGCAGGUGAUGCACUCAUAUGGAUAGAGAGUUGGUCUUUUUUCGACUGGCAGGCCUGUGGUACUACAGGGCUUCAUGCCUGGAUCCCAGGUAUUCAUAAUACGUUGAUGAUCUACAUGAGGAAACUAAACAUGAGAUUUGAGGAGGACGCAGAGAUGCUUCAGUGUGGUUUUGACAACUUGAGUGAGUGGACAAAUGCAUGGCAGAUGGAGUAAAAGAUAGAGGCCUCAUGCCAGUGGAUGGGAAGCAUAGAAAACAGUAGCAGGAGUAGGCCAUUCAGGCCCUUCUAACCUACUUCACUCUAUUCAAUAAAGUUGUCACAGUCCUACUGGAUCAUAGGGCUGCUUUCUCAUUAAAGAGAUUUGACUGGUGGUGGUUUAACCUGAGCAUCACCACACCUCUGAUGAGGGGAUGGAUGGAAAAGCAGAGUCCUUCAUGUUUACCUCAGCCAGUGCAGGAAUUGAACUCGCACUAUCUGCAUCACAAACCAGCUGUUCAGACAACUGAGCUAAGCAAUCCUGUGGACAAUGUGAGGUUAUCCACUGCUAACAAAAAGAGGAAGGCAGAUUAUUAUCUGAACAGCAAAAGAUUGGGAAAGGGGGAGUUUAAAUGAGAUGUGGGUGUCUUGGUAAACCCAUCACAGAAAGUAAGCAUCGAGCUGCAGUAUGUGGUGAAGAGGGCAAAUGGUAUGUUGUCUUCAUAGUUAGAAGAUUCAAGGUGUACAGGAGCAGGAUAUCUUGUGGCAAUUGUACAGACCUUUGUGAGAUCAACCUGGUGUAUUGUGUGCAGUUUUGCUCUCCUUUUAUUUGAAGAAGAAUGUUCUGGCUAUGGAGAGAGUGCAGCAAAGAUUUACCAGACUGAUUCCUGGGAUGGUAGCACUUGCUAUGAAGAGAAGCUGGAUCGAUUUUCACUGGAGUUCAGAAAGAUGAGAGGAGAUCUCAUAGCAACCUAUAAAAUUCUAACAGUUCUAGAUGGGGUCAACAUAGGAAGGAUAUUCCCAGUGACCAGAGAGCCCAGAUGGGUCAAAGGCUAAGGAUAUGAGCUGGGAUGAAGAGAAACUUCUUCACCCAGAGAGUGGCGAGCCUAUUGAAUUUUCUGCCACAGAAAGCAGUGGAGGCCAAAACAUUGAAUGUUUUCAAAAAGGAGUUAAAUGUAGUUCUUAGGGCUAAAGGGUUGAAGGGUAUAGCGUGAACAUGGGAAAUAGGGAACAGAAUUGGAUGAUCAGCCAUGAUACUAAAUAUUUGAAGAGCUGAAUGGUCCACUUUUGCUUCUGUUUUCUGUGUUUCCCGUCUAGUGGCAUGAGGUCUACACCUUCCCCUGUUCAUCUUAUUGCCUCAAACCUUGCUCUGCUUCAAAAACCAUUAGGGCCCUGGGAAAUAACCUUUGACCUUAUGUUCUGCUUCUUGCUCCUCUUCUCCCACCCCCCUUUUAUAAUUGCUGUAAUCAUGGAUUUUGAGCCCCUAUCCCCUACCUGUUACAUAUUGUUCUUAUUCUUUUUGUAACCAGUCUUUCUUUCUAAGAUGGACCAUUUGCAGUGAGGUUCGGACAGUCUCACUGAACAUUGCUCGCCAUGGGGUUUCCUUGACAGUCUGAAAUGCAAGACAGAAUGAGAUUACUGUACUGGGCAAAACAAAAAACAUGGUUUUUUUGGAGAAGCAUGGGGAGAGACUGUGUUGAAAAGUUCUGCAGUAAUCAAAAUAAACAGGUUUAAGUUGUGGAUUCAGAUGGAUUUAAGAGCCUCAGAAAUGCAAAAAGAGAAAGAACUGAUUGAAAAGCCACAACCAGUCCAGAUGACUUGCUAUGGAAGUCUUUGCCAGGAGUUUAACAAAGGCAGUUCCUCAGGGGCACAGCUGUGAUGCUGAUCUUUCUACUGUCCUCUUGCUCUGAUUUUCUUCCCUUCGAUGCACUGCUCCUUGAGCUGUCACAUGCUAGUGUUUUUAGAUUUGCUUAACAGAUGGAAAAUGCAUUUGCUAUAACUGGAAAUGUGGCAUCUGUCUCAAUUGAAAGCAGUUGAAAACAUUCCCCAGAAUUGUGUCUCGAUUGUCAACAGGACGAAUCGCCACUGGCAUUCACACUGCAUGGUGCGUGAGUUGACAUGUGUGGCAUUGGCUCAGAUUACACAAUAGCAGCUGGAAAAUUAAUUUAGCGGGAAGCUAACAAUCUGUUGUCAAACCACACCCUCAGAGUGCUUGUCUAAAUUAAAAAGAAUGCUUCAGCAAGUGUCCUAUUGAAUGUUUCCAGGAAUAACCUUGAAAAGUUCAUCAGCUGCUUUCUUGGAAAUCACUGCAAGGCUGGCUGUUCCCCAGAUACCUCGAGAUAUGGGACUGGAUUUCUGCCUGGAAAUGGAUUACUGAUUGCACACGCAGAAGUUGGAUAACCUAAUUGCUUUCCCCUUUGAUAAUCAGCUGGAAUGUAUCAAGUUUAAGAAAGUGGACGCGGAACAGUCCGUUUGUGUAUUUUAUACUCUGUAUAAACUGUGACUCUGAAAGAUUUCAUUUGGCCCAACUAGUCUGCGCUGUGAUGGAAACAAAAUGAUGAGCAGGUCUGACAGAAUCUGUGAGGAGAGACACAGUUAACUCAUGCAGGUUGUUGACCUUUGGCUAGAACAGUCUAUGUUUUGUUUAUACCUCAUAGGAGCCUCCUCUUCCUCUAGUUUAUCUAGCCAAUAAAAGUGUAAUCCUCCUAAUCUUA